CUUAAAGGUGGGGACGCAAUAAGAAAAAUACUCGAGUCAUAUCAUCUCGGCACUGUUUGAUCUGUUUCAACAAGUUUCUUCACUAAAGUGUGUACUGCUAUGUUGUACUUUAGUCACAAAAAUAAGAUUUAUUUUGGAUAUGAAGCUUGACAAAGGAUGAAACACAGUGAGAUCAAAUGACUGUGCCGUGUUGUUGAGAUAGAUUCAAGAUGUCAAAUAUACGCUUAGUUUGGGUAGGUUGACUAGAUCCGUGCUAUAGUCAUAAUAAGAACACUAUUUUUACCCUUUGUUUAACUCCGUUUCCUGAAAUACACAGUUGUCAUUUCUGAUGAAAACGAAGUUUUGAGAGAGGCAGCUUUCAUUCAGACCUUUCGUUAAGACAUCAUGUUAGCAUUUGGUUGUUCGGAACAAACCAUGAUUCUCAAAGAAUAACACAUCUUGGAGUAAGCCGCCUUGCUGGGGAGUCUUGUCUUACAUCCUUCAUCUCUGGUAAGCGAUUUUUUUUUUUUUUUACAAUUUUUUUUUUUUUUUUUCUUUUUUUUUUUUUUUUUGGGGGGGGGGGGGGAGGUCAAAUUUCUUAUUAUUGCGGUAACCCAGUGGCUUUCAAAAUAAGCCUCUGUUGCUUUUUGUAUGUGCAUUUCACUUGGUUUGUGAUAGAUAUUUAAUCAAUUUUGAAUGAGAUUGCUUUUAAAACUAGGCGUCUCUUAGAAGAAAUUAUGAUAAGUGAACUAGCACGGGCGCCGCCUUCAGCGGUACGUAGUCAUACCCUCCCCUGAUUUAAUGUGUCAAUGAAAUAUUAUAACAAGGUAUGCUGAACUAAUUUAUAGUAUUGGGCUAUAGGAUUUAUAUGUCAUUUGUCGUUUUGUCAUGGAACCCAUUUGUCGUGAGGCGAACUUACUUUUCACUCGCUACGACAGUGGCUUUUUUUUUUUUUUUUGAAAGAAAUAAAAUGUUGCUCCUCUUUGUCUAGGUUUAGGAAUGAUGCUUCAAUCAUGAUGCACGUCAUCACAUUCAGACGUCCAGUUUAUAGUGCACAACACAAUGUCCUCAUGUCAUGAUCAAAGCUGUCUUACCCACCGCGCACAGGAAAGACGUUCAUUUUUAGUCCACCAAUAAAAACUUACAUAAACCAACUAGGGACUAGCCGCAGCAUAAAAUCAUGAUUUUUACAAAAUCGUAUAGCUCAUAUAAGUUGAAACACGAGCGGGGAUCUCUGGAUCCAGGCAUUUUAUAUGUCCCAAUUUGCGAUUUUUCCACCUUACACAAUCUCAGGAACACAUCUAUCAAAAAAGUAAUGCAUACAUUUUUUUUUCAUAAUUACCCUUUCACCACUUAUGACGCACUGUAUCGAAUCACUACAAUCAGGAUAACUAGUGUCAUUGUGAUAGUUCCAUAACGGUUCACUAAACCAAGACAGCAAUGAGCAGCAAAGAAUAGAUGUUUAAAUUGAAAGAAUGAGCACAUCAUGGAUUAAACUUAACAUUUUCUAGUUCAAUGAUUUAUUUGCUGCACACCAUUGUACCUAUCAGCCAUUUUUGUUACACAACAUUGUAUCUAACAGCCAUAAUUGCUGCACACCAUUGUACCUAUUAGCCAUUUUUGUUACACAACAUUGUAUCUAACAGCCAUAAUUGCUGCACACCAUUGUACAUAUCAGCCAUAAUUGCUGCACACCAUUGUACAUAUCAGCCAUAAUUGCUGCACACCAUUGUACCAAUCAGCCAUUUUUGUUACACAUCAUUGUAUCUAACAGCCAUAAUUGCUGCACACCAUUGUACAUAUCAGCCAUAAUUGCUGCACACCAUUGUACAUAUCAGCCAUAAUUGCUGCACACCAUUGUACCAAUCAGCCAUUUUUCUUACACAUCAUUGUAUCUAACAGCCAUAAUUGAUGCACACCAUUAUACCUAUCAGCCGUAAUUGCUGUACGCCCCUGUACCUAUCAGCUAUAUUUUCUGCACACCCCUGUACGUAUCAGCCAUUUUUGCUUUAUACCAUCGUACCCAUCAGCCAGCUUUGCUGCACACCAUUGUACCUAUCAACCACAUUAGUAGCAUUGUCUCAUGCCCGCCCUGGGCUUCAUUUUCAGUCACCAUUAUGAUCUAUACAAUAUACCAAUCAAGCCCCUGAAUCAACCAUGCUUAUCCCAAGUGUGAUAGUUCUGUGUUAGAUUUCGAUAGGAUCAUAAAAUAUAAAUAUGCCUCUUAUACAGCUGCAGUGUUCAUUAUUAUUUAAUGUUUGCUUAAAAUUACUUUGUGAUUAAUUUUUUUGUCAGUGAAGCUGUUUUAAUUUGAUUAUUUUAGAAACGAUACAUAUUUUAAAAGAAUAGAAUCUAUGAAAUGUUGCUUCUUAAAUUUUGAGGCCCCUUAGAGUUUGCAGGCCCUAGGCCUAAUCCCACCUAGCCUUUAGCGACAUCAGGCACCGCCCAAGAUUUAUGAACAUGACGUCGUCAGAUGAGGAAGGCGUUUGCUUGCGCGUGGAAGAAGAGCCGGACGUCAUAGACAGGAGCUCGGAGUACUACAAGAGAAAUGUUUUACCAGUUGACCGUGGUUGGGCGUGGGCCGUCUGUUUUGGUGAGUCAGAAAAGAAUAUUUUUGGUAGAAACGUUUUUUGAAGCACCAACUGUCUGUAUUCAUUAAGAUGGCCAGAGAAGAGUUAUUCUACUGUGCCCCUUCUGCGAUAAUAUUUAAUAUAUUCUGUUUAGACGGCAAUUAUGCCGCAAGUUUUUAUUAUCCAAUACAAAAUUUCAAGGAUACAAAAUUCCAAAUUGGGUAAAGCGAGAAUCUACAUUAUUUUAAUAGAUCAAUCGCCCCCUUUAGGCUAAGCGAACAAUAUACAGUGGCGUCACUAGGGGGCUGCCGGGGGGGGGAGGGGAGAUCACAACAGUUGAUCCCAUCAUGGAAUGAAAAGAGGGGGGGGGGCAACAAUUGAAAAAAAUAAUUUUGUUAAAGUUCACUCAGGUUGGUUUCAUUAAAGAAUUCAGUUCAAUACAACAGGUGGAGAUCACAACAGUUGAUCCCAUCAUGGAAUGAAAAGAGGGGGGGGGCAACAAUGGAAAAAAAUAAUUUUGUUAAAGUUCACUCAGGUUGGUUUCAUUAAAGAAUUCAGUUCAAUACAACAGGGCGCCACCAGAGCAGGGUGCCACCAGAGCAGGGCGCCAUUAGAGCAGGAUGUCACCAGAGUAGGGUGUCACCAGAGCAGGGUGCCACUAGAGCAGGAUGUCACCAGAGCAGGGCGUCACCAGAGCAGGGCGCUACAAGAGCAAGGUUCAACCAGAGCAGGGUACCAUCAGAGCAGGGUGCCACCAGAGCAGGGUGCCACCAGAGCAGGGUGUCAUCAGAGUAGGGUGUCACCAGAGCAGGGUUCAACCAGAGCAGGGUGCCACCAGAACAGGGUGCCACUAGAGCAGGGUGCCGCCACCAGAGCAGGGUUCAACAAAAGCAGGGCGCCACUAGAGCAGGGUGCAACCACCAGAGCAGGGUGUCUCCAGUGCAGGGUGUCAUCAGAGCAAGGCGCCACCAGUGCAGGGUUUAAACAGGGCAGGGUGCCACUUGAGAAGGGUGCCACGAGAGCAGGGUGCCACCACCAGAGCAAGGUGUCACCAGAUCAGGGUGUCAUCAGAGCAGGCAGACUUGAUGUAGCUUCAUGGGGAAGACCAGAUGGGUGAAGAAAAUGCCAGCAUUGGAAUCAAGAGACGCUGGACCCACUUUACAAGACGCAUAAAUGGGAGCGAUGCUUGAGUGCAUUGAUAAUUUUCAUUCUGACUCCAGAUCAGAUCAAGAGCCAUCAAGGAAGUAUCAGAUAUGUUUUAUGCUGUUCAUGCUAAGAGUCUAGCAUUGGUGACUAAAGAAGAGUUCACGCUUUCCAUUCCCACUUCCUAUGAUGAGCUAUCUGAAAGUGAACUUUUAAUUGAAAUGCUAUCAACAAUGAACAGAGUUAGGAAAUUUAUUAAAUUUUUAAAUGCUUUAACAAAAUUGAAAUGAUGGCCAGCUUUAAAAAAAAAUAUAACAUAUUCCAAUAUUCCCCCGUAAAUCUUCAUGGGCUCCAUCGUUAAACUACAAUCGAAGAUACGAGGUAAAAACAUUAAGAUUGACGAUUUUUUGAUGAUAUGAUUUUGUAUAAAUGCAUUUUAUAAGUCAAUACCGUUGCAGCUGGAUUCAUCUCCUAUGUUCUGUUCGGAUUCUCCAACCAAUUAAUGGUGGUGCUGUUUACCGAACUGGUAGAGAAGUUCGAAAGCACCAUAACCACCACCUCCCUUGUCUUCAUGUUAAGCACUCUGACUUUCAGCUUUGUUUGUAAGUUGAGAUACUUAACUGAAAUUAGUAUUUGCCAAUCUCCCUGUAUAAGAUCCCGUAAGUAAAUUACAAGGCGUCUCAUUUUUUGGCUAACAAUUGCAUUCGUGUAAUUGAAAUCUAAAUAAGGCUAUUUUUAAACAAUGGAUCUAAAACUCUUGAGAAAAUAUCAAGUUCCCUAAGUCAGCAUUAUUUUGUUGUUGGUGUAAGAAACUAUACUGACUACGGGCGCACGGCAAUGAUUUGACAUUUAACGUACAUGCCAUGAAAUAAAAUAGUUUUAGUAUAAAUAUAAUAUAGUUAAGAAAAAAAACCCCGCCAAGCAAUGACCUUACCGGCUACUAAAGUUACUUGACAAAACAUGCAUUCAAGUAACGCACUUUAAAAGAAUCCCAAAUAGUGCUAACGUGUGGGAUUUUUAUUUAGCGCGCCUACUGAACAUGUCCACACAUUACAUACUUAGAGAAUAUUAUUUGUGAUGUCUAAGCUCUUUUUCAUAUUUGUCAUUUUCUAAAUUGUCCUUCAGGGAUUAGAUAAGACGGAUGGCUUAGCCAUAUACAUAGUAAACUGGCUGGAUUCACUGAAGACAAUCCACAGUUUAUUCUGUUGCUGUGGUCCACUGCUGUGGUCCACGUUACGCCGAUAGGUUUAGUGCCAUCCGAGGCGGGCCAAGAAUAGGUCCGCCACCCAAUACGAACAGAGAGGACCGCCCUCUUCACCCUCCCUUGCUACGCAUAGGCACUAAACACCAAGUGUGCUUGACACUACACACCAAGUGUGCUUGACACUACACAUCAAGUGUGCUUGACACUACACAUCAAGUGUGCUUGACACACUACACACCAAGUGAGCUUGACACUACACACCAAGUGACACCAAGUGUGCUUGACACUACACACCAAGUGUGCUUGACACUACACAUCAAGUGUGCUUGACACUACACAUCAAGUGUGCUUGACACACUACACACCAAGUGAGCUUGACACUACACACCAAGUGUGCUUGACACACUAAACACCAAGUGUGCUUGACACUACACCAAGUGUGCUUGACACAAUACACACCAAGUGUGCUUGACACUACACACCAAGUGUGCUAGACACAAUACACACCAAGUGUGCUUGACACUACACACCAAGUGUGCUUGACACUACACACCAAGUGUGCUUGACACUACACACCAAGUGUGCUUGACACUACACACCAAGUGUGCUUGACACUACACACCAAGUGUGCUUGAGUUUGAUGACGUUUCGCAUUUCCCCAGCUGUGGUGGCCACUACUUUCGUGACCCCUCGCUUGGGCGAAAGAAAGAUGGUACUGUGUGGAGGAGUCCUCAUGGCGUCCUCAACCAUUGGCUACGCGCUUUCGCCCAGCAUCGCUGUGUUCUUGGUCUUCUCCGUAUUCAAAGGUGAGUAAGCAGUCGGCGCCCGUAGUAGUUAAGUCUCCGAACACUUCAAUGUAUCGAUACCACCAUAAUUAGUUAUCAUUAAAUCAGCGACGAAAAAUAUUUGUUUUAACAACAUAUUUUUUCGAAAGUGGUAGCUGAAUGAAAGGUUUAUUUCAUUUUUAAAAUCAAUCUUAAAACAAACCUUUAAGCAUGUAAAGGAGGAAAUAGUCUGUGUUUGUCUUGACGUGAGCGAGUGCAAAAGCUUUAAUUCUGAUUUGACGUACUGUGGCAAUCUUCCUACCUGGACAGACCAUUUACAUUUUUAAAACUGCCAAAUGAGAUUUCGCUUUUCACCAAGAGUUAUCCCUCCCGUAAAAUGAGAGUUCAGAGUUUCCUAAGUCCAACGCAGUUGUUUGUAAGAUAUAAGACUUAUCUCUGUAAGCGAAAGAGCAACACAAUAUAGUCCUACAAUAACAUAAUAUACUUGCAAUGGCAGUAGUUUUGUUUUAAGAGUAGCCUCUCUUUUGUAUUUUAUUUGUGAUCGAACUACGCUCGAUAUUUCAAAACGCUUUAAAAACCCAUGAAAGGUGUCCACCUGAUCAUUGUUCUUUGUUCCAAGGUGUCUCCACCGGACUCAUGUUUGUGGCGACCAUCAGCCUCAUCCGACACUACUUUCACAAAUACCAGUCCUUGUCCCAGAUCUUCUGCUCCAGCGGCACGAGCGUCGGUUUCAUCGUAGCCCCGCCCAUCAUAAGGGCCGUAAGGAACGAGUUUGGCAUCAGAGGGACGCUCCUGCUGGAGGCCGGCCUGGAACUCAACUUUCUAGCGGUGGCGCUCCUGCUAAGGCCCAUCGCAAUGUACAAGUGAGGAAUGGGGCGUGGGGGGGGGUCACAUACAAGUGUGGACUGGGGGCGUGGGUGGUGGCCUUGUCAUAAUAAAACGCAUUCAAUCAUGUGACACUGCCACUAUCUGUCAUUAAAAAGAUGUACAAAAGAAUCAAUGCAAAAAACGACUUUUUAAUUGCUUUAAAAACUGACAGCAGUGUGAAGAUAAUUUUAAUCUAUUUACACAACUUUAAUCUGUGUGUUGUUGGUAAACACUUAGCAGUAUAUUGAGAUCUAAUAGAACUUUAAUGUUUUCCUGUCUUAAUAUUACAAGAUGCACACACGAUUGCUGUGUGUAUGUUCAACUUUUUUAAAUUGGUUUAAUUUUUUUAAAGGAGCAUUUCUUUAAAACAGAUGUUGUUUUCCCCACGUUUUGCCUCAAAAAAUAGAUUAAUUUUAUGAGAUAUUGUUGGUCAAAGUAAAAGAAACAACAACACAUACACAUCAAACGAAACAUGGGCUGUGCCGGAUUGAUGGGCUGUGCCGGAUUGAUGGGCUGUGCCGGAUUGAUGGGCUGUGCCGGAUUGACACCAUUCCUACUGUCUAACCUAAAGCACAUAAUUCUGCACCCCCCUCCCCCCCCCGGAAUUUUUUUAUAUGAAAUGUCCCCGGGAAAAAAAAGUUUAUAUAAAAUGUCCAAUUUAAUAUGUAAUAGUUUAUUUUUAAACAUAAUCAAAAAAUAAAAUCUUUGUAAUCUUUGAAGAAAUUUUUAUUUCCAAUAUAAACCUACACCAUUACAGCAUUUUAUAUGUCCCUUUUCAAAUUAUGCUAAACAAUUGGUAGGCUAAAUAUAUGGUUAUUAUUUCUUCUGAAUAUACGCCACCCUGACUGUUGCGCCCUAGGCCAUGGCCUAGGUUGGCAUUAUAGAAAAUCCGGCCCUAAAAAUGUGUGUAAAAACUGCGUUUAUAAUCUUUUGAAGACAAAUAUAUUUGAAAAAUCUUUAGAUUCCGCCCAGAACUUCCUCCCCUGAAGUCCAGCAUAAAAGAAAAGGAAACAACUAAAAUUGACGCAGAAACUCUUCAAAUGGAACCAGAUAAAGACUUGAACGAGAUGCAGACUUUACAUGGUGAUGCCCAGAGAUCCCAAGGAGACCUCAGUUACGAUGUGUUACGUAAUGAGCCCGCCGACGGCACGUCUCCCCAUCAAGACAAUGAACACCUUCAGUACAAGAGAGAGAAUAGCGUGAAAUCAGAGGGAACGUUCAGUAGAAGUGGUGCACAAACCAGGGUUAGUGAACAACGAGAUUACGGACACACUCACAGACGCAAGUAAGUCAUAGUAAUGUUUGUACAAUUUCUGUCUGUUUUUUUUUCUUUUGGAAUCGUUUAAAAAAAAUAAAUAAUAGCAUGCAAUCCAGGUGUGUAGUCAAGCAACUUAAAAAUAUUGCACAGGCAAUAUCUUUGCACUUCUCGUUUUCAUGUUACGUCGUAAACCACGGACACAAGAACUAUAGAAGUACUAAAUCAAUCAAUCAAUCUACCGAUCAAUCAAUACCAACUGCCUGCACCACUGGAGGGGUAAGAAAAGGGAUCUUAGACUCCGGAUAUAUCUGCCACGAAUGACAUCACUGGAUGGUCUGAAGACAAUAUGUAAUGAACAAUAUCAUGAUUACACUUUUUAUAAUUUGCAAAUUAUUUGAUUCCUAAUCAGAGUGCAACCGCAACAAAAUAUUAUUAUUAUGUUCAGCCCCUGGCAAAAUCAUUUUGCCCUGACUCUUGACCAUUCCCACUAAUAACAUUUCCCAAUCUCAGCACCAUACCCCAAUACGUUGUUGGUUCGAUGAAGAAGACUUCUUGCCGACACGUUCCUAAUUUAAUGGCAUACUUUUUCCCCCAGUUUGGUCCAUGCUUUGUUUUGCUUAUUUCCUUCUACUUAACGUGAUAGCAGUCUCCUCCACCCCCUUAUUACCAUCUCUAUAUCCCAGCUUCGACAAUGCCUCCAAUCUACCCACUACGACAUUGUCUCUAAUCUCCAUGCUACUAUACGAUUUUACCUCUAAUCUCCCCACUACGACAUUGUCUCUAAUCUCUAUACUACUAUACGAUCUUACCUCUAAUCUAACCAUUACGACAUUGUCUCCAAUCUCCUUACUACUAAACUAUUUUGACUCUAAUCUCCCCACUACGACAUUGUCUCAAAUCUCCUUACUACUAUACGAUCUUAACACUAAUCUCCCCAUUACGAGAUUGUCUCUAAUCUCCUUACUACGAUACGAUCUUGACUCUAAUCUCCCCACUCACUAAGACCAUGCCUCGUAUAUCCCCACUACGACCAUGACUGUAAUCUCCCCCCCCCCCCCCCCCCCCCGACCUACGAUCAUAACUCUAAUCUCCCCACUAAGUCCAUGAAUCUAAUCUCCCCACUAAGUCCAUGAAUAUAAUCUCUCCACUAAGUCCAUGAAUCUAAUCUCCCCACUAAGUCCAUGAAUCUAAUCCCCCCACUAAGUCCAUGAAUCUAAUCUCCCCACUAAGUCCAUGAAUCUAAUAUCCCCACUAAAUCCACGAAUCUACCCUCCCCCUUUAAUCCACGAAUCUAAUCUCCCCACUAAAUCAACGAAUCUGAUCUCCCCACUAAGUCCAUGAAUCUAAUCUCCCCACUAAAUCCAUGAAUCUAAUCUCCCCACUAAAUCCACGAAUCUAAUCUCCCCACUAAAUCCACGAAUCUAAUCUCCCCACUAAGUCCAUGAAUCUAAUCUCCCCACUAAGUCCAUGAAUCUAAUCUCCCCACUAAAUCCACGAAUCUAAUCUCCCCACUAAAUCCACGAAUCUAAUCUUUAACCUCCCUCAGCUUGCACGCCAGUGCCAUGAGUUUAACAAGUGAGGCUGGACCCAUGGGCGUCGACGCCGGGAUGUUGAGCCUCGAGGUUGAUGACGCCCCAGAUCGAAAGUUCGGCGGGCUACGGAAGUGGUUCCUAGUGCAGUGUGACGAGAGUUUCUUCGGGUAAGUCAAUGUCAAAGUUGGAGCGAUGCGGAGCUGAGCUUACUUUCUCUGUCUCUGUAACAUAAUUUUAAUACUAGGGCUUAACUGGGGGGGGGGGGUAGUUGUUUUUUUCUGGGUAUUUUCAGAAAUAUUUUCAGAAAAGAGCUAGUGGGUGCAGUGGGUCCAGUGGGUCCAGUGGGUCCAAGUAUUACCAAAUAUAGUUAACUUCUCGGGUAAGUCAAUGUCAAAGUUGGAGCGAUGCGGAGCUGAGCUUACUUUCUCUAUCUCUGUAACAUAAUUUUAAUACUAGGGCUUAACUGGGGGGGGGGUAGUUGUUUUUUUCUGGGUAUUUUCAGAAAAGAGCUAGUGGGUCCAGUGGGUCCAGUGGGUCCAGUGGGUCCAAGUAUUACCAAAUAUAGUUAACUUCUCGUUUUAUAUAGUAUAUGCCAUUUUAAAAAAAAAAAGGCCUACAUACAUUCCUAUACCCUACCUGCCGGCCUUUAAACAAUUGGUAUAAACAUUCCUACACAUAUUCAUACAGAAUGUCCUACAGGCUUUCUUACACCACACCCGUGGCUAUUUAUUGAUUAAUAUAAUAGUCGCCUCCGAAAAAAUUCAACCUUUUUACCUUAGGUCAUCUGGAACGCAUGAAGCUUACAGACACACAAGAAAAAAAACACACACACACACACACACACACACACACACACACACACACACACACACACAUAUAUAUAUAUAUAUAUAUAUAUAUAUAUAUAUAUAUAUAUAUAAAAGUUCCAUUAAAUUUGGUUUUCUCAAUUGGUUUCUCCCUUCAACAAUGAAAAAAAAUAUUACUUGAAUUUACUCUUUUAAUUGCUACACUCAUUAGUCUAAUUGGCAUGUUACAGGCUGUAACUAUAUGACAUGUUUAGUAUUAGGAUGUAUGUGGUGGGAGCAUGCGGAUGCAUAAAUGUUACACAGGGGUGGGGUGGUUGGCACGUGAUGUUACAAUGCCACUGGGGUUUACGGGAAAUGGUAUAUCCUCAAAGAAACUGCUUACGUUAUCCAAUCCAUGAAUUUCUUAAUUUUUGUUCUCAGUAUGUGGCAGUAUCGUGUUAUGAUGGUCGCCUGCUUACCAGGGGCGGUAAACAUGUAUAUACGGAACUACAUACCCGCCAUCGCACAGGCAAGGGGAGCCACUCCGGAUCAGGGCGCUCUACUACUGACGAUUGUGGGUGCUGUCGAUUUGGGCAUUAAAUUUGGUCUUGGGUGUUUCGCAAACACGCACAUGCUGAAGCCAUCUCAACUUUUUGCCAUAUCUCAAAUUUGUCUGGGUAUGAGUGCAUAAUUUUCUGCUUUUUUUGUAAAUUUCACAUGGUUAAAAGUGUGCUAAAUAUAGCGCCUUGCUUUUUACAUUUAUAGCCGAGAUAUAUAGCUAAGGAACAAAAGGGAUCUGAACUGCCUGUAUUGCACACUAGCCUAAGAGAGACGGUUGUACAUGUGCCAAUCAACGUACAGAAAAGUGCCAAUCAAUUUACACCAAGUUCCAAUGUUGGAUAGGAGUAGAGUAAGGAAAUAACAGGUUGUGUUUUUAUAUCUCACUACAAGCGUGUAGUAUCAUAUCAAGGUAUUUCUUUCAAUCUUACAUGUGUUUUGUAUCAUGUCAAGGUAUUUCUUUCAAUCUUGCAGGGAUCUUGUAUCAGGACUAGGUAUUUCAAUCUUACAGGUAUCUUGUAUGACGUCAAUGUAUUUCUUUAAAUCUUACAGUUGUCUUGUAUCAUGUCAAGGUAUUUCUUUAAAUCUCACAGUUGUCUUGUAUCAUGUCAAGGUAUUUCUUUCAAUCUUGCAGGAGUCUUAUUGCAGUUCAUCCGCUUCUUCACGUCGUUUGAGACCCUGAUCAUCAUGGUGGUCAUCAUCGGUCUUUUCGUUGGUACCCGGGUCAGCAUGAUGCCGCUGAUGACCAUAGAGGUGGUGGGCACGGAGAAGAUGCCGCAAGCUUACAGUAUUAUUUCAACCAUGGGGACCCUCUCUGUCGCAGUCAUGAACCCAAUGUUCGGUUAGUGCCACAAUUGGUUUUACUUAGUGUCUUGCUAUUCACUUUAUAAUAUACCUUUGAUAACAAAAGCAGUCAAUCAAAAAAUUCAACAUUACAAAACUACAUACAAGAAUACCCAUUCUAAAUCUUUCAUACCUUGCAACCAUAAACAACACAGGCCAAUAUACAACUAAAAGAUAAUAGCUAGAUAGACAGCAUCACCCCAGCAGGUUUUUGCGAAAAAGAUAAGUCUUAAAAUCAGUUUUGAAAGACUCCAGUGUCUGGCUGUUUCUGAUAGCGAUAGGAAGAGUGUUCCAAAUUGCUGGCCCAGGAAAUGCGAAAGUGCGCCCCUUGUAAGUCUCAAGGCGAACACGUGUUAUCGAGAGUUUUCCAAUAUCAGAUGAGCGGAGUUGUCUAGUGGGUACAUAAGGCGUAAGUAGCGCUUUGAGAUAGGACAGUGCCAGGUCAUGCAAGCAGCGGUAGCACAGGGUUGCAAUUUUGCACUCUAUGCGAGCCCGGACCGGCAGCCAAUGCAACUCUCUCAGAAGUGUUUUAGAAUGGACGAAUUUGCGUUUUCGAAUAACAACGCGAGCCGCAUUAUUCUGUGCUCUUUGAAUUUUAUCCAGGAGCGUAUCUGGAAGACCCACCAUAAGAGCAUUGCAGUAGUCCAUGCGUGAUAGCACGAAUGCAGACAUCAGCCUCUUCGAUGCGUCUAAUGUUAAGAAAGGUCUGAUGUGACUAAUUCUGCCCAGCUCUAGAAAAAUCGCCUUGCAAAGCAUGUUAAUGUGAUUUUCGAUAGUUAGUGUUCUGUUUGAGUAGACACCCAAGUAUCGCUCUGUUUGAGUACAGGAACAACCACCCCUUCCUUCUACAUGAAGGCUUUAAAUGUUAAAACUUGUUCAAACAGAAAGAAGGAGCAGGCAAUAUUUAUGAAUUAUUGAUGCCAAGGAAGAUGCUAUUGUAGGGAGAAUGAAUUUUGAUUUUUUAUCGUAGAAAAUGUCUUUUUGACAAACCCUAUUUUGAAAGUGACCAAGCUGACAGGCUCGGAGUUUCCCUCAUUCGAAAACACUAGCGGCAAUUUUAAUAGGGAGUCUUUGAGACUGUGUCAGAUUGCUACGAUUUACACAAUUUUGUUUGUGCUUUACCCGCGAACUGAAUUUUUAAACUCUUCCCAAAGCGUGUUGUAAUGACUAAGCUAUCAGAUUUGUUUUGUUUGAAACAUUUGCAGGUGCUAUCGCGGAAGCUACGGGUGGUUUUGCUGACGUCAUGCAUAUUGUCGGCGCGUGCUUUCUCAUUUCCGGGGUGCUGUACGGACUCCUGCCCUUUCUGGCCCAGCUAGAUAAUAAACUUACCAGCAAAGAGCCCAAAUCGAACCCAGACGGAGAUGAUGUCAUCACAUGAACAACCAGGCAUGUCACAAUGAACAAUUUUAAGUUAUGAUGCA